AUGACCUACGACCUUCCACCUCAUGCAGUGAUUAGGCCAUUGGGUCUUAAAGACGUCGACGCAUUCCUGACUUUGGAAGAGAGAGGAUUUCCUCCUGAAGAAAGAUGCUCCAAAGAAAAGUGCGAAUACCGACUAAGGAUUUGCCCAGAGCUGAGUUCUGGCGUUUUCAUUCGUGAGUUCCAUUCUGAAGAGAGCAAUUCUGGAGCUAGGGACAAUAUUCAUGAUGGCCUACCUCCUUCAACUUCCAGCGUUUCAUCUGAACGACUGAUAGCACAUAUUCUAGCUACCAAGAUGACUACCGAUCAUGUCACGGACGAAGCAAUGGAACUACCUGAUUUGGAUCAAUAUGGUCGAGCUGUUGAUCCCAAGGAUUCACGUGGUCAUCAUGAGGAAGGACGCACUAUUGGCAUUCACUCUGUAGUUGUGGACCCUUCUUUCCAGGGAAAGUCCAUUGGAACUAUUCUCAUUCGCGAUUAUAUUCAGCGGAUAACUACUCAACACAUUGCUGACCGAAUCGCACUUAUUGCUCAUGACCGACUGGUGCCAUUCUAUGAGAGACUUGGAUUUGUUAAUGAUAGUGCGUCUCCAGUCAAGCUGGCUGGUGGUGGUUGGCGACACAUGUGGGUUCCUCUCAGCCAAACUGAUGAUGACGAGGACGAUUUAGAGGACGAUGGCCUUUCUGGACCAGUAUAA